AUGUGUAUUCUUUCCGAUUUGAAUUUUAGUCUGAAAUCCGCUGUUGUUGAAACGAAUAAAAAGUCGCCGGCCGCCAAAGAAUAUUCGUCUAAUGAACAAUCUAUCAAUAAGGCUAGUAAACACGGACCCCCACAUCCAAAGGUAAAACAUAAUCCAAAUCUAAGAAUUAAUCCAGCAGCAGAUUGGUCAAAGAGAAACAAAAACAACAUAUCCAAUAAAACAAAUACCAAGGAAGUAAAAAAUGCCAACACUGCAAGCUCCAAACAGGGACCAUUUUUCAAACAACAACAAAAAAUACAAAAAAUGAAACGAGUUGAGGACAAAAAACAAAAGUCCAAAAAGGCAAAGGACAAAUUGAGGGGAAAGAAACCAAUUACGACGGAUGUCAUUGAUUUACUUUCUAGCGAUGAAUCUGACAGUAGCGACGUUGUAAUGAUUCCAAUACCUCCUCCGCCAACGUUUACCGUUGACGACAGUGACGAUGAUGAGAAUACAAAAAAGAAGUCGUCUUCUGGUUCGACACUAUUGCAAACGGAAGAAAACGCGUUGGACUCAACGGACGUGCAGAUGUCAACGUCAACAAGUUUUAUAAAACCACCACAACAAGCAUCGAUCGUUAACACUUCGAAUUCUGACUCAGUCGAUAGGCGCUUUGAAAAUACAUCUCGCUGUGCUUCACCGUGUUCAAUUCAAUCGUCAGAUGAUUUUAUAGGUCAGGUGGACCGUAGUCGUUUGCUAGAGGAUGCUAGUGGCGUUGCCGAUGAUGAGGAUCUGUUGGUGUUGACGUCAGACGUGAAUAGCUUGUUAGAGGCACCACAAGAGAAGAGAUCGUCGAAUAAAGAUGCAGACACAAAUGAUUCAAUGACCUUUGUGCCGCCCAAACCCACAGAACCAGCUCCUAAAGAAACUUAUCGUGUAGAACAAACUCAGUUUAGGGCUUUGGAUGUGUACGAAAGCGAAUCGGAUAUUACUGACAGUGUAUAUUCUAAAGGGACAACUAAAACGACAGUUAUACGUCAGUUGGAUACUAGCUCCGACGAAGUCGAAGAUAUAUCCUCUAUUCACCCGUCACGUACGAAACGUUUUCGCAAACGUCGUGCCUCAAGCAGCAAUAAGGGGUCCGAUGUUAACUAUGAAAAUACACAGUCAAGUAGUGAAAAUAGUAACGAAGAGCAUGACGAUGAGGAAUUCGGUUCCGGUACAGAACGCACGGGCAUACCGUUCAUUUCCCGGGGACCUGCGGUUGAACGCAAAAUUCGUAAAAAUAGUCGGACUCUUUCAAGUUGUUCGCCAGCUCCCCAGAAAAGCUUUAAGGCUGCUGCAACGAAGGGGCAUAUGUCAGAUGGAGAUUUCAUUGCAAAGCUCAAUAACUUAGUCCAAGGUCAAGACGAUGAAAAUGAGAAUGAAGCUGAAGAAAGUGACGAAGCUGAAGAGGCACCAUCUGCACGUGACAUAGCUGCAAAAAUACUUGGAGAAUGUCAUCAACCGGCAUCGAAAGAAAACGACCCGGCUGUACCUAAAAAUGCUAGUCACGAUUUAAGUGAUGUUUUCAAAACAAUUGAUAAAAUGGAAGAAAAGGAGCAAGAACAACUUAAGCCAGUAGAUGCAAAAGGCGAGAGCAAUACUUCGAAUAGUGGCGUGGUCGUUAAUAGCACUCUGCCCGUUGUUUAUAAGAGUUUACCCACCGAUGACAAUGUUCAAAUCAUUACUUACGUAGCUGAUAAGUCUCGUUUGGAAAUCGCUAAGCCAAAUAAAUCAAAAAAUGGCUCACCAGUAUACAAUGUUGUAUACCUACGUGGAAACAAUAUAACCAGCGGCAUUGGCUGGAAUAGUGAAAUGAGAAAAUUCUAUGAGGAUUCAUGGAAUGGGGAGCAUUUUAUUUUGUCCCAUGUUUGGAAUAAAAUGAAUCCGGAUAAGAAUUUGUGGAGAAUAUAUGCCGAAGAUCGUUUCAGUAGGUCGACAAAACGGUAUAGCAAUUUAAAAUGUACAAAUUGUUGUGAUUUUGGUCAUGCAAGAUCGCAGUGUAAACGUCCUAAGAAACCGCUAAUUUGCUAUAUGUGUGGAGAGAGUGGCCAUCAGGAACCCCGUUGUCCCAACACCAUUUGUCUACGGUGCGGCAAUAAAACACACGUUUACAUAAAAGGCUGCAAUGCUUGUUCAUUCCAAAAUCGCCUGAUGUGUCCGAUUUGUAAGAUCAGGGGACACUCCAUUGAUUAUUGUCCCGACAAAUGGCGUAGAUAUUAUUCAACGACUGAACCAAAUGCAUUUCCCAAAAACAAUAUUGUAUAUAACACAAGAAAAUAUUGUAGCAUGUGUGGACAGCGCGGUCAUUUAGCGGAUGCCUGUCGAAAUGCCAUGAAUUUUAUGGAAUAUCCUCCAAUAGCCACUGUCGUCAAGUCACAUCAAAAAUCGUAUAAUGAUUUGGCAUUUAAGACUUUACAUAGCGGUGGCAUUCCUUUCAAUUUGAUGUACGAACCGACACAGGAAUAUUCAUUUGGUUUGGCGGAAAGAACAAAUGCCGAUAAAUAUUACGGACGCUUUCUAAAUGCAGUUGGAAUGUCGUACUUAAUACCGCGCAAACGACGCUCUGAAGCAAUGGGGGAAUCUUCUGCGAAAAAGUUGAAAAAGUCCUCAAAGAAAGGGGAGAAUUUGAAAGGUGAAAGCUCCAAAGCUCCAAAUCAGGUUCAGGAAAUAACUGAGAGUGGCAAUGUUGAAGAUGAACAUCCAAUAGAUAUCCCAUCCACUACUGAAGUUAGUAAUGAAGAUGUUGGCGAAGCUGAAAGUACAGUUCAAAACAGUAACGGUAAUGAGGAUGAUAUUCAAUUGAAUAUUACUGUAUCUACCCGUAGUAGUUUUUCCAGUUUCAAAUCGCCGAAUAAUGUCACAUCGUCAAACCUUCAACCACAAAAUCUUGAUUCAGACUCAAAUUAUAGUUUUUCUGAGCACUUUGAUGUUCCAUCUACAUCGUCAAGUGUGGAAAAAGAUCAGUCUUCGGUUAAACUUGACGGAGUCUUGCAAGAUGAGAACGCCAAUGCACCAUCCAAUAAAAUUUGGACAUCAUCAAUCUUUAAAGAAAAACCCAAAUCUCGUGAAAUGGAAGAACUGCCCGACUUUAUUCCAUUGGUAGAUUCCACCGAAGAUUGCCAUGACGAUAAGAUGGAAUCACAUGUUGGUAAUCAGAUUGACCAGCCAGAAAAAAGACGUCCAGCGGGAAUUUCGAAUAGAUUUGUUCCUGCCGAGUCUGAUGAUGAUGAAAGUAAUGAUGGAAUCGGAGUCAAAAAAGAUGCUGACCAAACAGAUGGCUUGCCAUGUGAGGCUAAAAUUUACCUGAACCAGUUUCAUACGAAAUAUUUGUUGUCCCUCGAAGGCCGUACCUUUUUGGCAAAAUCUUCAAAGGAAUGCGACUUGAAAGCCCGUCUGGAUUUUACGUCAGUCGGUCACGUCCUGGUAAUUUUUGGUUUGCCAAGCAAUCAGGACAAAUUUCAACGUGAGCUUCUUUUGAAAUACCGCGAAAUUGCAGAUCAAAUGACACAAAAGAAUAUACAGUCGACGCCCAACAUACCCAAACGUAUCGAUGUACUUAUACGUUUCUUGCGUGACGACAUCAACCAGCUGAACACGAAUUUGGGCAAUGCAAAUCAUUUGUAUAAACGGCUGCAGUAUGUGGAACGCCAGCAAUCGAAAGCAGGAUUUAAACAGGCUGAUAAAAUUCGACGUUCGCUAAAUAUGAUAUUGGUGGGACAGGCUGGUUUGCAGGACGGAAACAUUCAUCUGGACAAGCUCUUGUUGAGUUUAAAAACUCUAAUUAAUGACUACAAAUCUGACGAUGCUACCCCGCCUCAAUUACGUUCAGAAAUAUCUUCACAUUGGAAGUUUAUAUUUUCUUCAUACAGACACGAUAAUUACGAAGAGUUGUUGAAGAUCUACAAUAAUCUGGUACUUAAAAAUCGAAUGCUUAAACUAAGUAUAGAUCCAUUGUUGUUGGGCAACAAACUACUGGACACAAGUCUUACAUUGGAACAGAAGGAGAAAUUGGAGCAAUCCAAACCACAGAUCCGUGAAAUCAACGAAGGCGAUGAAAAGCAUAUUGAAGACAAUCCGCAAAAACCCCCAAAAUCCAAUAAACGUAAACAGCAAAUCACAGAUACACCAGCAACAACACCAAUAAAAGCACCGACGACAACUCAACCUCAGCGCUCAGAUAAUCUUCGUGUACCGACCCCAACAAAAACAAAAUCGACUGUUGUUAAUUCGUCAUCGUCCCUCAACCCAACAAGAAGACAGCAAACAAAAAUUAUGCCUCCACCUCCGUUCGUCAACCCCGAAACACGUUCGAAUGCUACAGUUAAUGCUGCCAUCAUGCAACAAGUUUCGGAAAAAUGGAAGAACACGUGCGACACCUUACUUAAGGAAAUUUCGAAGCCAGCAACUCGUGCCGGCAGCGGCAGCAACAUUCGGGACUCCAAGUUGCCGUCAACGUUCUGGUCGCGGGAAUCGAUGCGAUACUUGGAUGAAUGUAUACCGAUUGUUUCGUCGAGGCCGGAACUUGAAGAAAAGCUUAAGCGGGUUCAGAACAAAUCGAAAAAUGGACAACUCUCGUAUAAUGACUACCUCGCUGUAAUUAAAUUACAUACAGCUCUGACAGGAAAAUAGCA